ACGUGGUAGUUGUCGUCGUUUCGCGUGGUAAGGCUAGUAAGAUGGCGUACGCUAAGCAGGGACAAGAAGGAAAGACAAGGCUUGAACGUUUUCAACAAACUGCACGCGAUUUUGGGCACUUCCUUUACAAUAAAGAUGGCGAAAAUGGUGAAGUGCAGGUCAUGGGCAGAAAUGGCAAGAGCUGGGCGAAGAUCACGGUGUUCUUCUUGAUAUUUUAUGGCUGCUUAGCAGGAUUUUUCGCCUCAAUGUUAGCCAUAUUCAUGACUACGGUACCACCUCGAGAGGAAGGGCCGAAAAUGACGAGAUAUUUAGCGGGAAAACAAGGCCUUGUACCUGUCCCAUUCUAUGAAAUAAAGGACUAUGGUAAUGAAAAGGAAUCAUAUGUGGACAAAAUCAACAAACUUUUGCAACCUUACAAGGAUGCUCUUGAAAGUGAUGAUUACAACCAGAACUGUACUGAGAGUGAACGUGAAAAGGGUUCUAAGCCCUGUGCCAUGGACCUUUCUUCUCUUGGUCCCUGCUAUAGCAAUGAGACUGAUUUUGAAUAUGGCUAUGACGAAGAAAAGCCGUGCAUCUUUAUGAAGAUUAAUAGGGUGUACAAGUGGGUCCCUGAACCUAAAUCUGGCAAGGAUUAUGUGGAAUUGUCCUGCAUAUUUCAUGAAGGUGGCUCUCCGAAUCAGCUGGAAAUCUACCCAUCAGACAAGCCUGGCUUUGCUACAAGUUUUUACCCUUAUCUCUCUGAAGAAAAUUGGCUUCCCCCAAUUGCUGCCAUUAAAGUCAACACCACUAGCCCAGCAGUGAUUCGUUGUGAAGCCAUUGCCGAAAAUAUUGAGCGAUCUGAGACAUACCGUCUUAACCGAGGUGCUACAGGAAGGGUCCGUAUUGAAAUUAAGCAGAAAUAGUGAAGCAGAGGUAAAUUGUGAGGUGCAGAAUCUGAUUGCGCUCAACAAUUUAGUGACAGGUGUUUUUUUUCUUUAUUGCCACACUAGGUAAUGCCUCGUAUAUACCUUGAAUUUUGCCAUUACCUAAGUUUGAAUUGCUUUAGUUACCAUAUUCCUUAACCUAGUUCUCUCGAACUGAAUUUUUUUUAAGUUACUCCAAACUUUUGAACUAAGAUAUUUAAAUUGUAGUCAUUGAAAACUUCAAACAGAAGUGGGCUGGACAGUUUGGUUUCUGUUUGCAACAGAAUGCACCUCAGGCUUCUUAAUGAUGAGUUUUCUAAAUCUGAGUCACAUUUAACUUCCAAGGCAACACUUUUAAUAAAACUGCAGCAUCAUUGAUUAGGUAAAAUUAUGGAAAGAAAUUCUUUUAUUGUCAAACUAAGACAAACUCUUUUUAUGUUUGAGGUGGGCAGCAUUUAUUGUGUUUUCAAUUUCUUUUGUUGGCCUUACAGUUUACUAACAAGCAGUAGCUAUAUACUAUUCUAUUAGGUUAAUGGCCUCACAGUAAUUUCAUUAAAUUCAACUUGGUGUUAAAUUUUUGCAUUUGUUUAAGAUCGGUAAUGUUUUAGUCUAAGCAGCUACACAUUUGGUCAUUUUUAAUUGGAUGAAAUAUAUUUGUGAUGAAAAUUAUUCAUGUUUUAUUAACUUUUUGAUAUUUAAAGUAGUUCUGUCUUGCACAGUUUGAGACAUAUGUAUGAUGCACUAUGUGUGCAUCUAUACUUGAUUAGUUGAUUAGUGUUAAGUUAGCUUAGUCUCUUGCCAAUAAUCGAAACCCUCUUGAGGACUUUCUUGCAUUAAUGAUGAUGAUUACUAUAGUCACAUCUGUGCGGUUAUCUGUAGAAGACAAUUCAACAUUCAGAAGGUUCAGUUUCCUUUGUGUAGCUUUUUUUUGUUAAAAAGCAUGCAUUUUGAUUGACCUUGGACAGUUUUAGGCACACUACCUUUUGUUAAAUACAUGACUUCUGGUCAUGACUUAGAAAAUCACCCUUUCUAUAGGAUUUUUUUUUUUUUUAUUCAAGCACACUUUAUCAAUGUUUAUUAGCUUCUAUAUAAUAGGCAUUGCCAUAAAUUCUGUUAUCAACAUCAUGGGGAGUUAUUUGACCAUAUGCAGGGCUUAUUGAGACCAUAGCAAUCAAGUACACAGAGAGAUUGUCGAUCAGUUUCUUUUAUUAUGCAUGUACUUGUGAAGUUGAGAUGAUUAGAUGUCACCUUCAGCACCUUUCCUGAUACAUCAAACCUCGUGAUGUUUUAGACAGCCACAGUGAAGGAAUCGUUGUUUGCUGAAGGAUAGCAUAGUAAGCUUAGUAUUUGAAACUGGUCUUCAAUGUGGGAAAUCUGUUUUGAUGGCAGUGGAAGCAUUGGGAGGUAGUCGUACAUUCUAAGAUCAGUGCAGAUUGAAGAUUACAUUAGGUAGUUACUUGUGUGAAUGCUGGUAUAACUGAUGACAGUUUUCUGUCCCAUAAAAUUUGUUGAUGCAUCCUAGUGCCAUAUUAUACUAAGUGUCAUUUAAACUUAGUCUUUUCAAUUGAAAAAUCACAAACCCUUAGUAUGUUACUGAUGCAAUUUUUUUAUAAUGUUCCUGAUAAUUUUUUCACUGUGGUCUUGCUUGUUAUCAAGGGUCGUAUUAAAGGUGUCUUAAAUUUACUGAG